ACUCAACGCAACAAAAACCAGAAACAGUUACUUUUUUGAACCUUCGCCUUCAUUUCAGAUUCUCAAUAUCCUUCAAAAGCACCUCUCAGUAUUCGUUUGUUACAUUCUGUUCCUUUUUAAUUUCUCUUCUAUGAAACUGUGUUGUUAUAAAUAAGGAUUGUUUCUCUCCAAUAUUAGUGAUUUCUUAAAAAGUAACAAUGUCAGGUGUCGGUGAAUUACGACGAAGACACUCUUCUGCAAACACAAGUUCUGUAAACAAUGAAGAAAAAGUUAUUCCUCGUUAUCUUCGAGCUUCGAGCGGAUCCUGUCACGAUUUUUGCAAAUAUGGGAAGCAACUCGCACUUGAACCAAAGAAAAUGAGUUUGAUACCUAGAAUAGCUGAAAGGACACAACUUCACCAAAGUUUAGAAAAGAACAUCAGUGAAGAAGUAGUCGAAGUAACACCAUAUGUCAAGCGUAGAGCAUCAACUGAUUUUGAACCAACAAAGAUACCAUUGUCCAAAUGCAGAGAAUCAACUGAUUCUAAUGCCUUUGACACAAUCAAGAUAGUUAAAAUCGAACCAGACCGACCAGUUCAACCUGACAAUGAAGUCGUGGUGGUGAACAAGACUAAAACAUCAUUCGUCAAAGUGAAACAAUCACCACUUCUUCCGAAAUCCCAUUUUUCCUCUACCCUCAAAACAAGGAGGCAAGAAAUUUCAUCAAGGUCUAAGAUAGACAUUACACCAAAACCAAUUUACAAGAGGGUGAGAGCUUCAUCAAUGUCAUCUUCCAAGAAGGAGGAACCAGUUCAUCCAAUACCAACUUCUUAUUCGGCCAAAACUCCAUCGAAAUCAACUAUCAAGAAGAUGGGCAAAAUAACUUCACCUUUGUUGCCUUCUUCCUCGUCCAAAUCUUCGCGCAGAAGAGUUGUUGGUACUAAUAUGCAUAAGAGCCUGAAAACCACGUCUCGUGUUAAGAAUCAACCAAAGCCUAGAAAAGUUGAACAUGAGCAACACUGCAUUGAGGUUGAGGCUGAAGAAAAAACUCUGUAUGUCAUCGAGAUAGAAAACAAAGACAAUACGUUUCAAUCGGAUCAAAAUGAAAACAGGGAUAUUGAACUUUCCCGCUCUCAAUCAUUUUCAUCAUCCAAGUUUUCAUCAAAAGAAGAAGAUCAAGAGGAAUCUGAAUAUGCAGCAAGUGAAUUCGAGGAGGAUUCUUGUUUCGCAAGCAACAGAGAAGUAAAUAAGGAAAGUUUGGAGACUUUGGACUUGAAAGUUGAGGAGAAUGAGAAACCGCAAAAGGAAGAGAUUGUGAUUUGGGUUGAAACUCAAAUUGAGGAAAGUGGAAAGAAGAAGCUUAAGUUCAAAAGAGGCAAAGUGUUGAGGGAGAAUGAUGCAGAUUCUGAUGAAAACGGUGAUGGUGAUGAUAUGACCGGUUGCGAGAAAUUUGUUUUGAAACAUCAAGAUGUGAAUGGGAAGAAAUGUGAGCAAGGAUUGUUGAAUAAUGUGAUUGAGGAAGCAACAAGUAAACUGGUUGAAAUUAAGAGGAGUAAGGUGAAAGCUUUGGUUGGUGCAUUUGAGACUUUGAUCUCUCUCAAUGAGAAAAAGUCUUAAGCAAACACUAGUGUUUGUUUAGAUUGUAGAAGAGUUUGACAAAAUCAUGUUACAUUUACUUUGAUUUUGAUAAAAGUUACGGUUUGAAACUUUAACGAAAUCAAAGUGUAACCGUGAAUUUGUCAAACUCUGCUUAUUUCAAAGUUAGAGUUGCCUUGUUAUAUG